AUGAGCAGCAGCACUUACCCCAGAAGACGUUCUACACAUGUCAUCCCAAAUCACUUUCUACUCCUUCUUGGAAUUCCGCGGCUGCUUACCUUGGCAUCUCAGCCAUCGCAAUACGCCCACCGUGUCCACCUGGCCCUCGAUGAAGUGAAGGCAGAAUAUGUCACCCACAACAUCGACCUCCAGGCCAAACCUGCCUGGUUCCUGGAGAAGAUAAACCCAGAAGGCACAAUUCCUGCGCUUUCAUACGGUCCGAAGUGCGCGCCCGACGAUCCGUCCCCGGAAGCGGCGGCGAUCCCUGAGUCGCUCGUCAUCCUCGAGUUCCUCGCCGACCUCUUCCCUAACGGCGGGAUCCUCCCACCCAACGAUCCCGUCGCGCGGGCGCGAGCGCGGCUCCUCGUCGCCCACUUCGAGAGCGUCUUCACCGUCGCAUUCAAGAGCGCGUUCUACGAGGGCAAGUCUCCGCAGCUGGUUCUAGAUGCCCUUCUGGAGUUCCAGGCGCGCCUUCCGAAGGAUGGCUUUGCGCUGGGUGCAUGGGGAAUGGUAGAGAUGUCGGCCGCGCCGUUUCUGGUGCGCACCUGGAUGUUGCUCGAACACGACUUCGGGCAUUACCCGGUGGGUGAAGGGACGAAGGCAUGGGAGGCGCUGAGCAAAGAGGACAAGUUUACGCGAGUGAGGAAGUAUGUGGAGGACAUGAAGGCAUACCCGACUUUCAGAGGUUCCUGGGACGAGGUGAGGAAGUUGUCGGUACGGUCAUGA